GGCGGCUCCGGUGCACGAUGUCUUCGCAGCUGGCCACUGAGUGCCCUCGUUGGUCUCAUUCUCGUCCUGCUGGGUGGAGCUGCCUUGGGUGCGGGAGUAAUUUAUGCCAGAACAAACCUCAUCCUUCUGACAGAGGCCAACCACCUACUUCCUUACGUCGACUAUGCAGUCUUUGCAGUGGUCGGGGCUACCGGACUAUUCGCAAUAAUUACCUUCAUCGUAUGUGCGGUCUCCUCCGGUUGGAAUGCAAAGCGCUUCUUUGAGGGAUCAAAAAAGGCAGGCUGUGGUCGAUGCCUUAACACCACCGUAAGUUCUCUUACACAGACUGGUGCUGCACAUUGGUGCCUGCCAGUCUUUAAUUGGCAUCUUAGAGUUUAUGCUAAUUCACCACAAACACACACGCUCCUUAUCUGUUUGAUUCUCGGUAUAAUCCUCUGGACGUUGCUAGCAGCCCUGCUCGCCUAUCCCAUCACCAGUAUGUCUCUUCUUCUCUACCGUGAUAUGGGUCCCACCCGCGUUAAUUCGAGGACUCGCAUGGGUACCGAAGUUGUUGCCCGCCCUCUCCGCACUGCUCGCCAGGCAAGCGCGGAGUCUGGUGGUCCAGAUUUCCAGCCGAGAAUACCGCCUUAUGGCCGACCUAUGUCUCCUAUCAAACCCAUAGGGAUGCCUCCCUCAGAAGACCAUCUACGAAAACUCGACAGGAGUUUGAGUCCAAUCCCCAACCCACAUGAUUUAAUUUCGCAGUACUUUCAGUGCUCAGCGCUCUCCGUUGACCUGUCCUACUACGGACUCUACGAUGACAAAGGAUACCCACUUACAAUCACGAGCAUGAACUUGAACCUCCGAAUACGAAACACAAUGAUAUUUUCCUCAUUGUCGUUUGUGGGGAAUCUCUUCGUUCUGUUUGGUUAUCUGCUUAUGCUCGUUUGCGUUGCGAUGAACUGCUCCAAGCUCCAAGAAGCGCGCUACUACGAUCCAUCUGAGAGUGGAGAUGACGUUAUUCGACUUAAUCAAUGA